AAUCGUUGUUUGUUUCAAGGGGACUGUGCGUCCGUCGGAACUGUCCCCAUACUGUUCACUCUACAGUCGAGGACGGUGUUGUGUGUGGACAUGGAGUCAGAUCUGUCUGCCCUGCCCUGGGUGCCAGUAACCCUGGGUGGUUCUGAUCUGCUGGCCAAAGCUUGGUUUGGUGACACUGACACACAGUACCGGGUUCUGCUGAGUGAUCUGAGCAACGUAUGGGAAGAGGACAUGAACGCAGAUGACAUCCAGAGUCGAGCACAGGAUCUGAAUAAGCGUCUGAGGGCUCCAACGCAGGCAUUUUUCUCUCAUCUGUGCUCGGUGGCACGCCCUUGUUUCUCUAGCCCAGAUGAUGGUCACACCACUUCUGCACAAGUCUUUCUGGAACAUCAUGGCAACAAUUUAACAAUCAGACUUAAAAGUGAACUGUCCGGAUUGCCGUUUUACUGGGAGUUCCGAUGCACCCCGAUGCCUGUAGCCAUGGUGUGCCGGCAGCUGGUGCGCCCCCUGCUGGCAGUGAGUAGGGUUCUGCAGAGGCAAGUCGACGAGCUCUCUUCUCUGUUGGUCAGGAAAGAUGCAGAGAUACAGGACUAUCAGGAGAACGGCGCUGUGCUCAGCAGAGUCCGACUACAGACGGAGCCAUUUGAGGUGCACACAUACAGGGAGAACUUCUUCACACAGACAGUUUCAGAGAUGAGUGCGUCGCUGGACAGUUUGGGUUUCGAAUCCGAGUUACAGGAGCUGUACGUGGCUGUGAACUCGGUAAAAUCGGCUCAGAAACGUAAACGUGGCAGCAGUUCUGCUGCAGAGGACAUCGGCGACUCUGAAGAUCAUCACCAAACAACCACUGAUGUCCGCACAAACACUAACUGUACGGCAGCUCCAUCAGCUUCCAGAGAACCGAAUGAUGUUAAAAAAGCGACAGGAAGAACUCGGGAGGCAGAAAGUGAACAGACUGUACCACUAACAUCUGCUGCUGUUGGUUCUGAGCAACGUACGACCUCACGGCCGAAGAAAAAGAAAGCAGUGGGACUCUUUCGGUGACCAUUUAAACCGUCUAUGCUUUUUAUAGACACUUUUUUAACAUAGAUCUUUUAUGUUGUUCUUUUAUGGUAUUUAAAACUUUUAUCAUGGCUUUUAUUAUGUAUGCUCUUUUAAAAUGUGUAUCUUAAACAUCAUAAAUAAAAUACUGCAUUUCUGUAACAGUUCCUAUAGCUCAGUUGGUCGUAGUGCAUAGCAUUAGCAGCACAAAGGUGAUUGGUUUGAUCCUUAACUCUUUCGCCGCCAUUGACGAGAUAUCUCGUCAAUUAAGAGAAAACGCUUCCCCGCCAAUGACGAGAUUUUCCGUCUUUCCGCAAUACCAUUAUUAUCCACCAGGUGGUGCCCUUCUGCAACUUUUUAAACCCGGAAGUAUUGCCCUAUGGCAAGCGGCUGCAUGUCCGUGUCUGUUUUAAAGAUCGCUCUGAAUGGGAUCUCUAUGAAAAGUCCGUCACAAAAAUGGAAUUAUCUCUGCUUUUUGUUUAAAAUGUGGUGUUUUUGCAGAAACAUACCCAUAUUCAAAAGCUGAUUGCAAAAGAACCACUGAAGGUAGGAUGAAACGUUUUUUUUUUUGUUUGUUUAAAAGCAGAGGGUCUGUCCUUUCAUUUGGUAUAUUGUAUGUUUAUAUAUUUAAAGAAGAACAUUUUCUGGAAGGCAUUAAACUUUGGUGAAAAUCAUGCAAAACGCUGGCGCUGGCUGGCAACUUUUUUUAAAAACGCUGGCGGUGAAAGAGUUAAAGGGACUGUAAGUAGGGUUUAAAGUGUUUUAUUAAUCAAAACCAAUGUCUUUCUUUAUUCAUAAAUAUGUCCUCGUUGGUGUCAAAUGACCUCUGCCAAUGAUUUAACUUUUCUUUGUAAGCUUAGAAUUUCUUCUCUUUACUUACAUUGAACGGGUAAGUCCAAGGAGGCUUCCAUGUCGUUCGCUGUAUUGAUAAACUAUAAUAGCAGAGAGGGACAAAAAGCACUAGCCUACCAAUGCGUUUCCACAACGCGUUUUCAUUCAGAACACGUGAACAAGCUGAAACGGACAAGGAGAUCAGUGAGUACAUAACGGCUACCGUAGUUGCAACACGCAUUUGGAAAAGCGAGGUGCUAGAGAGCACUGUUCAUUUGAAUGCAAAAUACCAUUUCACCACUAGAUGGGGGUAAAACCUACUUACUGUCCCUUUAAGGAAAACCCACAUACUAAUAAAAAUGUAUAUCUUGAAUGCACUGUAUAAAAACGUCUCCUAAAUGCAUUCCUUUAAACAAAUGCACAGGAACCGUUUAUAGAGAGUGCAGUUAAAACAGGCCAUCUUGAAAUGAAGCGGCUAUGUAUCGAAAUGCAAAGUAAAAUUUAAAUCAGGGGUGUCAAAUAUAUGGCCCGUGGGUCGAACACAGCCCACACCCGGCCCGCAUGAUGAUUUAUUAUUAAAUAUUAAAUACAUAUUUAAAAAAUCCUUUCAGGUGGGAUUUUAUAUUGGAGAUGUGGAAAGCAGCAAAACGGCAACAGUUUUACAGGCGGACCUCGUGCACCCAAACAUUCUGCCGUUUCCGCAGGCAUGACUCUUUGCGGCAGGUGCCGGUUGCACAGCGCACUGUGUAUGAAACAGCCAUGAAUCAGUUUCUGCCUUACGCACAAUGAGACCGCCAGCGACUAGCAAUAGCAGAGCGACGCAAUCUCAUUCAUUUCAAUGGAAGCUUGCCAACUUCCGGCGACAUGAGCAAAAUUGACCGGAUGGGCGUGUCCAGCGAUGCGAGAAAGUUACGAAAAGUUUAACUUUAUGCAAAUGAUGAGCGAUUUUCGGGAGCGAAUACCAACGGGAGCGAAGCAGUGAAGUUCACAUCAUCCUUGUCUUGUCAGUUACUGGAGUGGACCGUACUCAUUUGUUUAUGACAAUCAGAUUUAGAUACGCCUCAUUAAAAGAAACAGGCGAUGCACAGAGAGAAAGUCGCUGGUGCGAGGCUUUAAGCCGUGAUGGUGACGCGACGAACAGCAGUGGGAUCUAGUUUAGAAACUAUUUCUUUUAAAUUUCGUGUCUGGUCAGCCACACAAACAUCUAGAAAUGAGAGUAGCAACUGCCCCAAAACUGGUGAUGUUGAUCUGGUGGUCUAAGAAAUGUAAGGAUUUAAAAUCAUUUUAUGCCUGUGUUUUAUUACUUCAAACU